CUUCCGGGAGGGCGGGAGGCGGUGUCCCUCACCUGGCGCCGCCGGCGCUGGGGAGCGCCUGAGCCGCGGCCCCGCCGGGCGGGAGGUGAGCGGUGAGCGCCGGCCGCCUCCGCCCCGCUCCGCCCCGCGCGGGAGCACGGUGCCCCGGCAGGGUGUUUGUGCUUCUCCGAGGCGCUCUCCCCGCCCCCGUCUCUCCCGCCCGCCCCGCCGGGACCGCUCCUCUCCGGGCGGCAGUAGAGCCGCCUCGGGGCGGGCGGCGGCGGAGGUGCCGGUGGGGCGCUCUCGGCGUCCAGCCCGCCGGGAACAUGGCGACCGGCGGCUACCGCAGCGCCGGGGGUAGCACCACGGACUUUCUGGAGGAGUGGAAAGCCAAGCGGGAGAAGAUGCGAGCGAAGCAGGCUCCGCCGGCCCCGGGGGCGGCCACCGGGGGGGAUGGGAGGCCCGCUGGGGGCGCCUCCUCCGUCGAGCUGAACAACAACCUGCCCCCCGGCGCCCCGGCCGCCCCGACCGACCGCCCGGCGCCCCCCGUCGGCGGGGCCGCCAACUGCCUCGGCCUCGCCAGCGCCGCCUUGGGCCGGGCCGCCCCCGCCAAGGAGCCACCGCCGGGCCUGGCCGGGGGCCGGGGGGCCGAGCCGGCCGCCAAGCCCCCUCCCGCCGCCGCCUCCCCUGCCGCGGCGGGGUCCCCCGAGGGCGAGGAGAAGCUGGCCGCCAAGGGGAAGAGCUCGGGCCCCAGCGCCAGGAAGGGGAAGGGGCAGAUCGAGAAGAGGAAGCUGAGGGAGAAGAGGAGGUCGACAGGUGUGGUGAACAUCCCGGCCGCCGAGAGCCUUGAUGAAUAUGAAGAUGAUGAAGCAGGGCAGAAGGAGCGAAAGAAGGAGGAUGCUAUUACCCAACAGAAUACGAUACAAAAUGAGACUUCCAGUGCAGAUACCCCUGGCUCAUACUUACUACAGGACUCCUCCAGGAUGGUUUCAAGCAGGUAUAAAAGCACAGCUAAUGCAGCAGAUGAUGAUGCUCCAAAUAGAUAUUCCCGAACAGACAGGACAACUUACAGCAGAUACAGCAGGGAUGCAAAUUCUUCUGGCAGUUCUGUAGCAAGUAACACUUUGGAAAAGAGGAUUGAGGAACUUGAAAGGGAACUUGCGAAGGAGAGACAGGAAAAUGCAAGAUUGCUGAAAAUGACACAGGACAAAGAGGAACUAAUUGGAAAGCUGAAGGAAGAAAUUGAUCUAUUAAGCAGAGACCUAGAUGAUAUAGAAGAUGAAAAUGAACAAUUGAAGCAAGAAAAUAAAACCCUCUUAAAAGUUGUUGGACAGCUGACAAGGUAGAAGAUUCAAGCCUCAAUGAGGAAAGAUAUAAAAACUACUGAUUGAACGUUAAGGUCAAUAUAGUAAUACUUCCUGUGUUGCAGUAUGUUAUAAUAACUAUCUUUAUAUUUAUUGUUAGGAAACCAGAUGAAUGUUUAUUUUCAUAGUACUUUCUUCUUCAUUCAAUGAAAUGGCAUCAAAUCUGGGGCUUAUUUUUAGCUUUCUUUUCACAUAAUUAAAAAUUCUGACAUAUUUCAAAAUACUAAGUUCAAAAAUAUUUGGGUUUUGUAUCUUCAUAUUACAUCUGGAUACAUUACAGUAAUUUAAAAUUCAUAGCACCAAUAUCACUUUCAGUCCAUAUGGGUGUAUAUUUUUGAAAUGAAUGGAAGCAAUGCAUAGAACCUUUGUUUACACAGAUCCAAAAUAUAUAUUUUGGGAAAUAUUUCCUUUUUUGUUUAAACAGCUGUAAAGUGGAUGCCUUAAUUCCAAUGUAUAACAUUUUGCAGAUUGAUUACUUGCUCUAAAACUCUUGUAUGUUGAGGGGGUUUUUACCACAUCUGAAAGACUGACGAUAGUAGAGUAGCAAUUUUUUUUCCUGUGUAACAGUAUUCUGGCAGGAGGGGGAGAUUUUAGUGAAAAAAAAAAAAAAAAAAAAAGAAGAAAAAACCACCCCCCCCCACCCCCCCCCCCCCCAAUAAAUCACCUGUGGUACCAGCAUUAAUGAGUUCUUAGAAUCAUAUUGAAAUUGUGCACUGCAGUUAAUUUUAAAGCUUUUGCUUUAGCAAUGAAAUGCAAGUUUGCUAUCAGACAGUAAAUUUGUUUGCUGUGUUGAGAACUCAAAGCCUGGAGCUUUCAUUUUAGCAAAAACACUUUAGCAAUACUCUCCUACUUAAAGCUGUCACCCUAAAAUUUGUAGUGAUCAUAACCAAUAUGAGUUUUUGAUGUUUUGUUUUUUAACUUUUUAAGCUGGGUGAAAAUUUUUGUAGAUAACAAAGUACAGAGGCAUACAAGUAAUUCGUGUCCUUUUGAAACAUCAAAUGGUUUAAAAACCCCUUUUAUCCUUGUUUUUAAACUAACGAGGUGUUUAAAAAGUGCCUGUUUAGAUGUUACAAUGCAGUUAUGACUCUACUGAUUCUUCUAUAACAUGAUAGUAGAUAAAAUUUUCAUUUUACAUUAACCACAGACCUCAGAUAACAGUUCUCCUCUUAAAGUUCUUGUUAGGCUGAAAUUUGAUGUACUGUAUUUCAUCUUAAUACAGCACACUUUUCAUUCCUGAUCAGAAUAAAUAUAUAUGUCAUUUGAGUCGGGACACUAGAAAUGAAAACAUUUCAAAGAGCCCAGGCUUUUUCUUGACAAUUUUGAAGUUUGGUGUCAGAAGUUGCAUGCGUAUAGUUUUUGUUACCUUAAAACUUAAAGGCAACUUUAAUAUGUAAUAACUAUCACCUUUUCAGAUUUGCCAGUUGUUUUCAUAAUGUUUAUUUAAUAACUGUAAGAGUUUCUUAAAUUUCAACUCCAGGUAUUACUGUUACACCUUGGAUUGUUUUGGAUAUAGGAUAGGCUAUUUUGCAUUUAUGUAUUCUAAUGAGGAGGAACUUUUCAAAGCUUUAAAGUAUUUUUCAAGAUGCUUAUAUUCCAGGAUGCCUUGAUGUUUUCCUUCACAGUGGAUGAGAUCCCAUGGGAUGCCGUUUAAAUGGUAUGGGGGGUUUGUAUAGGCCCUCUGAACUACAAUAUAUACCAAUGAAUAUUGCUUUUAAUGUAUUCAAACAGCAAGAAGUCCCUUAAUUUAUCAGUUUCAUGAAAUUAAAAAUUAAAUUUAAAAAAAUCAGUUGAGAUGUAUGCCUUCUGAAUAAAUAUGAAACACUCUCUGGAAGAACAUCUGAUUUCCUUCUUUGUGUACUAGGUAGGAAAUACACAUACCAUUUACAGCAUGGGAUGUCAAACCUAUAGAAGCAUCAUUAAAGAGUUAAUGCAGAACACACAGAUAUUAAUAUGAAGUUGUAAAUGAGGUAUUUCAUAAACUGUAUUUCACAUAUUUUAAACCAAAGAACAACGACAGCAAAGAACAUAAGCAAGAAUUACUUGCCAUAUUACCUCUUCUUGGUUUCCAGGUGUAUUGACUAAAACUUAGCAGCAGAAAUUCCAAAAUUUGGAUUUCUUUUUUAACCUGGACUUCUGGCUGACAGGAGUAUUUGGCAGAAGUACUUCUGAUACCAUAGCUUGAGGAGGUACUGGCAAGGGAAGUUUCCAAAUACAUGAAACCAGUAAUGCUUCAGGCAGAACAUGUGAACAAAGGAACUGCUGGGAACUCACAGAUAAAGUACCUCAGGACGUUACUGUUUUUUGUGUGUUAUUAAACAAAUGUAAAGCUCUU